GGCGUGGUCUCACCCGCGAUUUAAGGCAUAGGUGUCGCCAAGCCCAGAGGCUGGGAGUCUCCGGGAGUGCGGGGGAGAGGCCCCGGCAACGCCGCGGCGGGGGGUGGAGGAAGAGGGCAGGCGAGGCGGGAAGGUGGGCUCUGGCCGCCGGGAGCUGGGGACCCAGCCGCCACCUCAGCCCCUAACGGGAAGCAGUCGGGAGGAGGGGGCCGCAGCCUGGAAAAGGGACCCCACCAUGCCCAAAGUCUUCCUGGUGAAGAGGAGGAGCCCGGGAGUCACGGUCCGCAGCUGGGAUGAGCUCCCGGAUGAAAAAAGGGCAGACACUUACAUCCCAGUGGGCCUGGGCUGUUUGCUGCACGACCCCCCCGAGGACUGCCGCAGCGACGGCGGCAGUAGCAGCGGUGGCGGCAGCAGCAGCAGCGCUGGGGAGCCUGGAGGCGCCGAGAGCAGCUUGUCCCCGCGCGCCCUGGAGCGCGAAACCCCCGAGCCCCGCGACGCCGAGGACCCAGAUGGACACCUGGCAGCAAAGCAGCGCCCGGUUGCCAGGUCAAAAAUCAAGUUCACCACAGGCACGUGCAAUGACUCAGUGAUUCACAGCUGUGAUCUGUGUGGCAAAGGCUUCCGCCUGCAGCGCAUGCUCAACCGUCACCUCAAGUGCCACAACCAGGUAAAAAGACACCUGUGCACCUUCUGUGGCAAGGGCUUCAACGACACCUUCGACCUGAAGAGGCACGUCCGCACACACACAGGCAUCCGUCCCUACAAAUGUGACAUCUGCAACAAAGCCUUCACCCAGCGCUGCUCCCUGGAGUCCCACCUGAAGAAAAUCCACGGGGUGCAGCAGCAAUACGCCUACAAGCAACGUCGGGACAAACUCUACGUCUGCGAGGAUUGCGGCUACACAGGCCCCACGCAGGAGGACCUGUACCUCCACGUGAACAGUGCCCACCCGGGCAGCACGUUUCUCAAAAAGACAUCCAAAAAGCUGGCAGCCCUUUUGCAGAGCAAGCUGAUGUCCACACACCAGGAAAAUACCCUCCUGAGUGAGGAAGAAGAGAAGAAAUGAAGAGGAUGAGGAAAGGAAAGAGAGAUGCCAAUGCCGCCAUGUUUACUGGGACUUUUGGUUUGGAGGCUGUCAUGCCCUCCCCUCAUCCAACUGGCUUUUCUUUCUUUCUCUCUCUCUCUCUCUCUCUUUUUUUUUUUUU